UAAUUGUGGUAUGUUUGAUAGGCGCAGAAAGUGUAUGAAGAGGCUGUGAGUGCUGGAUACACAGCAUUAUUGGCACAGGAAGAUGAACUCUCCUCAGAUGUGCUUCAUAUGGCUCUUGGCAACCUCCCUCCUGGACUAAAGGCUGAGCUUAAACUUUGUCUUGUGAUGGAGUUGAAGGUGCAGACAGAUGGAGGCGUGAGCUUUGUGAUGCCAACAGUUCUUAAUCCUCGCUACUGCCCAUCAGAUGUCCAAGAAGUACAUAAAGCUAACGUGACCCCAGAUGCCGGGGCAAGGCUACUUACUGUACAUAAGACCUACACCAUCAACAUUGAGGGUGAGGUGAGAGGUAGCCAUGAUAUAACAAGGAUCAUCUCCCACACUGAUCCUCUAAAUGUUACCAUCAGUGAAGAUGCCAAAUCUGCUCAGGUGAGUUAUUCUUUGUGUAUUGGGUAUGUGGUUUCUGCUUCCAUAUUUAACCAGACUUUUAGAUAAAGUGUUCAGGAUUAUUUAGGUAAAAAAAUGGUGUGUCUAA